AUGGCGCCUGCCAACGAUGCCGUGUUUCUUCGGCGCAACAACCAGAUCCAAGAUGCUAUUGACGGGCAGAAUUUGAAGCAAGCCCUCCAGCUGAUUGAGAAGCGCAUAAAGAAAGGCGAAGAGGGACGUUUCCUGAAGGCAAGUGCCCGUGAUAUAUCCUCAUUAGCACCCUGGUGCUCACUGGGAAGCUCCAAUGCCCGUCAGACGACACCCUGCUAA